AUGUCGGAGCCCAUCAAUUUCCUCGCGCAUCUCGGGCGCAAACAGGUCUGGCGCAAGAACCGCAAGGACAUCCUCCACUUCCUCCUGCAGGAUGAGGAAGCAUACGAAAGGAUGAGCAUCCAGCUGGUGUUCGAUGAAUCAUUCUUCGAAACCUACUUCUGGAGGCUAUUCUCAUCAAGUUUCGGCCUGCGACCCUCGCACUCCGCCGUGGAAUUCCAUCGGUACAUCAGCAAAUACCUAGACGAGGUCAUCGGCAACAGCAUCCAGAUCGCUGACCCCCUGCAACUGUCCCUGCGGAAGACUGUCCUCCAACCGCUGCGAGCCUACCUUCGCAACCAGGGUGUGGAGUUUCAGAAGCUCCACGUCACCGACAUCAACUUCCACCCGGACAGCUACCCUCACACCGCCAGCGGCAUUCAGGCGAUUGACCCCUGCGGACAUCCCAUGGUCUUACCCGUGCGUGCAGAGGACAUCCUGAUCGUGACGCUCGGCUCCGCCGCAUCGGGCAUCGUGACCGGAACCCCCGCCAGUCCUCCACCGGCCCUCUUCACCAGUACGCAAAGUCUCCUCGACGAUCCCAGCUGGGCGCUAUGGUCGGCCCUCGCCAAGAAAUCGUCGCAGUGCGGCAACCCAGCCUCCUUCUGCACCCAUCUCCCGGAGUCCCGCCUGGGGAUGUUCGUCAUCCACCUGCCGCAAGCCGAGUUCAACGUCCUCCACCACCGCGUCCUGGGCACUCAUCCCGCCGCUGAUGCCACCAUCGCAGAAAGCAACUGGUCCUUGAAACUCGUCUUCCCGCAGCAGGAGCAGCACGAGGGAGAUGAAUCCCACCGCUCUAUCCUAGGCUACGGCUUCACCCCGGACGCACCGGGCCACCACAUCAACAAACCCAUGCCCGCGUGCAGCGGCAACGAGAUUCUUGCCGAGGUCUUGAGUAGUCUCAGCAUUCCACCUGCCCAGAUUAUGUCUCAAGCCAGGACUGUGCCUUACGUCCUCCCGCUGGGGUUGUCACCGCUCCUCAAACGCGACCCCGGCGAUCGGCCGGAUAUCAUCCCAUCGGAUCUGGGGAAUCUGGCGCUCGUGGGGCAGUACGUGGAGAUCCCUGAGGAGACGGCGCUGAUGACCGAGUAUAGUGUGCGGUCGGCGCAGCUGGCGGUGCAGCGGCUGAUGGGCGGGAUGUCGAAGGUGAAUGUGGCCGAGGUGCAUAAGUCGUUUCUGGCGGCGCGGUAUGGGCGGAAGGGUGGGGUAGUGCCUUGUCGGUAGUUCGGUGGUGGGGAUUAUCUCAAGGAUGCUUGCUUCCUGCCGAUCGGGAAUGAGGGGUUUGUUUAAUGUUGGGAUAGGGCUUAGUAG